AACACAAGCCUAAUUAGAAAAGGAUUCGAGAGAUCUUUGAAAAAGGAAAAAGAAAACAUACAUAUCAUAUCACAAACGGGAUUAUAAUUAAAUAAAAUGGUAAGUAAAAUCCUUAAGCUGCAAGGAUUAGGUUCCGUAAAAGGUGUUAUAAAAAGAGAGUUAGGGUCUUGUUUUUUGUUACUCACAUACUCAUCAUCAAAGUUCUCUGAUAAUUCUAUUAAUAAUGGCGACAACAACAAGAAUGUUCUGUUUCGUGCUCGUGAUGUUUCUAAUGGGAUGUUGUUGCUCGGCAAAAAUCUACAAAGUGGGAGACUCGAAGGGAUGGAGAGCGAAGCACGGUAGCUAUCAUGAAUGGGCUAAGCGUAAGGAAUUCCAAGUGGGGGAUUCUCUGAUGUUCGAAUACGAUGGCAACGUCAACGACGUCACUCAAGUUUCCAGUCGUUUGGAAUACCAAUUCUGCAACUCCCUUUCUCCUAAAGCUGUCUACAACACAGGGCACGAUGUCGUGACUCUCACGGAACCAGGUUAUCACUUCUUCAUCACAUCAGAUCAUUCUCAAUGCGUAGCUGGACAGAAACUCGUCGUUUUUGUCGUCCAUGACCAUCCGAUUCCUUCACCACCACCACCGAGAAAGAUCCUUCCAUUCCGAAAAGAUUACAAGGUCGGUGACUCCAACGAAUGGAGGGUUCCUGAAGAGAGCGACUUCUAUUCCAAGUGGAGUGAGGAGAAACAGUUUCAUGUGGGAGACAAUCUUCUUUUCUACUACAACGACCAAGUCGAUGACGUCCUAGAAAUCAACAGUGAUCUUGAGUUCAAAUCUUGCGACACUAUUUCUCCUGUUGCCGUGCACAAUGCUGGACAAGAUCUCAUAAGGCUAACGAAACCAGGAAUCCACUAUUUUAUUACCUCAAAGAUUGGUCAUUGUGAGGCUGGGCUUAAGCUUCGAGUUGUGGUGCGACCACUAUCCAAAAGUGUUCCGAAGAAGAUGCAGUUGUCACCUUUCGACCGUCUCAUCAAGUGGCUACAUGAUUCCUUCACACCCCACCCCCAUCACUAAGAUUUCGUUUCUUUUUUUUGUUCUUUGAGCUUAGCUUCGUAGUGUUUUGUUUUCUUUCCUUCUCACUCGUUUAUGUUCUUUAGUUUAUUUUGCAAAUAGUGUGUGCGUCUACUUACUUCCAUCGUUAUGGAGAGACUUGAUUCAAUAAAAAUAUUCUUCUUUAAUACUUAUCUGUAUACACAUGAUGGGCUCAAUAGCUCCACCUCCAUGAAAAACAAAGAAAUUGAACAAAAGACAAGAGAAAAGAAAAGAGAAACAAUAUCCUAAUGAAUUGGACAACGAAUGAAAAUAAAAGUCUAUCACGCGUUUCAUAUAAUAUGGCACAUUUUUAAAAGUCGACGGCCGCCGCUGCGGAGAUCGUAGGCCGCUAGGGCACUGCAAGGAAGGAGAGGCGGCGCACAAUGGAUUCCGGCGAGGAGACGGCGCUUACUGGAGUCAACGGCGAGGCCGAGGAUUGUAGCGUUGUCCGGUAGAUAAGAAUCGGAGAUUAUUGUUUGUACGACGCCGGCGUCGGAGACGGAGUGGAUUGUGCGGCUGUGGAGAGAACCAACUACGAAGUGCUGGCCCGAUGGAUCCCAGGUUAGUCCCUCCGGGUAGAGGCCUGGUGAUCGGAAGUCGAUGACGUGGCGCUUUGUGGCGGAGGAAGGAGUGAGAAGUGAAACCAGUAAGACGGUUAAA